AUGGACUAUCCUACUCGCCGAUCCAGUCGAUUUCAUGCCAGACAAGUCUUUGCUCGAGCCAACUUUCCGUUGCGAGCAUACGGACCCAGAAGAGGGAUGGCGCUUCUCAAGAUCGGUCUGUUCGGCACUGUUGGCUACUUCGUAGCGAAGAAGCUUCUUCAAAACUCGAAUGAGCCACGUCAAAAUCCUCAACAAUGUGCAUCGUGCGGACAUGAGCGGCAGCAAGAAUCCAGGCAGCAACCGACGAACGUUCCACGGACGCCAUACCAUUAG